CCAGCCCUGGAAGCGCCUGCCCUACUCGGCCCUGCGGUCCUGCCAGCCCCCUCUGCACUCAGUCCCGGACGCGGUGGGCCAGGCCCCUAGGAAACCUAGCCGCGCGGGAUUUGGCUCUGCCUCUUUUCUUGUUUUUAAGGGUUUCUGCCCGUAGGGUCUCUCAAACGGCGACAGUAUUACGGCCUAUGGUCGCCAUUGUAUUGCUGAUCCAGCUCAAGAGCCCUAGUCUCUCUCAAGAGAGGACGCAGGGACGGAAUUUCGGUAGUGCUUUUACGAACCGCAGCUUUCAAUAUUCAGCCAGCUGCUCCUGUCCACAAGAGUCUCCUCCGUUAAUUUUUGAAAUUUUGUCAAGAUGAGUAGGAAUAAGCUAAUUCCCAAGCUCUCUGUUUCGUCUCCUGUCCAUCACGCCAACUUCAGUGUCCAGCCUACAGCCCCACCAGAUAAGAAAGAAGACACGCAUGGGAUUUUGAAGGACUCCUUGGAAUCUAACUCAGAAAGCCUCAUUCACGAGAAUACGACCCAGCCUGAACUUGAGGGCCGCGGCCAGGACAAUGACAUGGACCCUGACAGCUUAGAGGAGGGUAGCUCUGGGCCAGAAAGCCUGAGUGAGACCGAAGAGGAGGCCAGCAGAAAAGUUGCACAAGUGGCCAGCCAGGGAAACCUUCCCUCCCGGGACGAUGGCGCCAACAACACCCAACAGCCAGGAGAAGACAAAUAUUCAGACCUCCGAUACGACCCACACUGGAAGAGGAAGAGAGAGGAAAAGCAGCCAUUGCCAAUGGAAGCCUUGCCGGGGUCUGCAGACAGCUCCUCUGAAAACCCGCCUGCAGACCCGCUCUACCCUUCCAAGGAGACGUCCAUGGAGCUGUCAGGGAAGAAGAGCGAGCCCAAGAGCCCGCAGAGCGCAGCCUCCCUACUUGGGAGCGAGUUUCUGAGCCCUCGGUACGAGCGCCCGGCCCGUCGCAGCCAGCCGUUUUCUGAGCUGAGCGACAGUGACCCGGAGCAGAGGUCCAGCAAUCUCUCCCAGUACUUGAAGAGCUCCAGCUCCCGCAGUGAGGCGUUCCUGCCCGGAUCGCGGGGCCCCCGACGGAGGAGGUCCAGACAAUAUUUUGUGGAAAAGAACAAGUUGACUCUGGGAUUACCCACUCCUAAAAUGGAAUCCUAUCUUCAACUUCACAAUAGAAAAAGAGGGGAGACUCACCUGGAACAGAUCUCCUACCCCAUCAGAGUAACGGACAAGACCUCUGUUCAGAAUGCCACAGAGCUUGAAAAUGCCGCCGUCGAGCCUGAGGACAGAUGGCAUCAAAGAGCACAACAGCUGAAGAAUUACCGGGAACACUGGUCUCAAAAUCAAAAUUCCGAAUCCAGCAAUGUACCUAGAGGCCCAUCUUCCGAAGAGGCCAGCGGCCAGCACCCUCCCAGGCCAGCCAAGCCCAGGAUCCGAAAGCGUCAGAAACGCCGGAGUGGCCUGGAGGCUUUCAUGACUAGAGAGCUAGGUGUCAGUCAAGCAAACCAGAAUGACCACCCCAGACUGCAGCAGGGCCAGAACAAGCCCAUGGGCACUUUGGCAGUGCACAGGCCGGGGGCCAUCAUGGACACCUCCUACCACGCUCUGCACGACUCAAGCACACUUAGGACACAGGACCCCACAGUGGCCUCCACGGCACUGGCUCCACCAACCCAAGCCUUUGACAAGGUGUUAUGGAAAAACCCCACUGCCUACCGCUCCGUGCUGAGCGUCCAUAAGGAAGGAGGGCACAGAGGGCAGGGAGAGGACGGACCUUCAUAUCGGCGGCCACGCGUCAGCACCCUGGCUGACCUGGACGCGAGCAGCCUUGACCAGCUCUCUAGGAGACACGAGCUCCGGGGCCAGAGAGCCCCUCGGCCUGUGCACACCGCAGCUGCUCCCAGGGCAGCCGGAAGUAAGAAGCCACCCAAGCAGCCCGGUAUAGAGACGAAGUAUAAGAACUUAGAGAUGCUGUGGAAGUUCGGCUCUUCUGCUGACAGCCAGCCCAGUGGCGUGUCCCCGGAUUCCCGGCUCUCUCAGAUAAUGGAGCAGCACCAGCAAGCCCUGGAGCAGCUGACGGAGGUGCAGCCCGGCCCAGCGGCCCUGUCCGGCGUCACGCUGCCACCCAUAUUGCCACGGGUGGAGAGCGAGUCCCAGCUCAGUUCAGGGAGAAGCCAAAGAAUCCAAAUGAAAAUGAGCCGCAGCAAUUCUGAAGGCUAUCUGCUCCAACUGGAAAGAAGCAAAAAGCACAGGAAAAGAAGCGGCAUUAAGAGUUCGAAGCUGAAAGGUUAUCAGAAAAGAGACGUGAAGCUUGGAGGCCUCGGACCUGACAUGGAGUCCAUCAGAGACAAAAUGCAAAAAUUAAUCCUGCAAAAGGAAUACGCCCAGCAUGUUAAAGAGUACAACAGGAAGACAUUCUCUGCUCUGUCGAAGCCGCAGACAGCCAAGACCGGAAACAAGUCCCUGGUCCCUCGGCACAAGGCUUUGGAAUAUGCGAAGACCAUCCCCAGACCCAAACUAUCAAAUUUGACUGAUCAAGCCUCAAAGGGGAAAAAGCAUUCGACCUACACUGGGAAGGAAGAAAAUCUGCCCGAAAUCUCACUGCUGGAGAUACUUCAGAGCAGGCACGAAAGGGAGAAACAGGCUGUGGCUGCCUUCAAAGUCCUUCACAUCGUGUAGACGCGUUUGGUCGGGGAGCAGGGCCACUACAGGGACGGACACGGGGAUGAGAGACCCCCAACCAGCCUUCUCAUGGAGCGGUGACGUCUUCCUGCCCUCUGAUCACUCCUCACGUGCCCCAGGCAGGACAUGAUAUACGGCCCAACCACACUGCAGGGCCGUAUGUUACCUGCUGGGCAGAAAAUGUUUUUAAGUAUUUAUUUUCAAAUCAGUUAGAAUUGGGGCUGAGUAACAAUUAGAGAAUAAAACCUCUGGUUUCA